AACGGAGGGAAUAGUCAGAGUUGUUCGUAUGGAACUCGACGAGCCGGAACAUUAUUGCCGGGCGACAGAGAGUAAAUGUGGAUUUGGUGUCUGAGGCACAAUUUAGUUUCAGUCGAGCGCUCGAAACGUACAAAGUGCUAAAAAAAAUUGAUAAAUACUUCCCGAGAUUCCGUUGGAUAUUCCAGUGAUAUCUUUACUAAACAAAAUAAGAACUUUCGUGUAAUUCUAAGUGUUUGGUGCUCUGUCCAAGUGUAAAAACCACUCAAACGUUUUUCAACACCAAAACAUAUUUUUUGUGAUUUAUACCAAAAAGAAUAUACAAAUAAAAUCCAUCAUCCAUGAUGAUGAACGAUGCUGCCGCCCUGGCUGGGAUGAUUCCCUAUGAUUCCAUAGGAUUGUACGAACAACCCAAGCCACGGUUCAUCUUCAAGAUGCCCCGAGUGGUACCAGAUCAAAAGUCCAAAUUCGAAAGUGACGAACUCUUCCGUCGUCUCAGUCGAGAAAGUGAGAUCCGAUACACAGGAUACAGAGAUCGUCCUCAGGAAGAACGCCAAAUACGCUUUCAAACUGGAUGCCGAGAGGGUCAUACGGAAAUAUCAUUUGUGGCAUCCGGCACAAACCUACAGCUAGUUUUUAACGCCAAUCACGGUCCAUAUUUACCCGAGAGAGAAUGUGAUUUCGACAAGGAACACGGAAAGGUCCACAUAAAGUCACAUUUCAUCAUGAAUGGUGUCUGUGUGAGAUUUCGGGGAUGGUUAGACUUGGAGCGUCUGGAUGGGGUUGGAUGCCUCGAGUACGACGAACGACGGGCGGCUCACGAGGAUGCGAUUCUGCGCGAUCAGAUCGAUCGAUACAAUCAGCGAUUGCGGGAUUUUGAGGAUAAACAGAGAGCUUACCGUGGAGACCGACAGGAUGAAAUGGAUCAAGUGAGACGUGGAGUUCCGGGAGGAAUUGGUGUUGGCGUGGGUGGUGGCAUGUGGAGACGAUAAGCCAAUUUAUUCAGACUCACAGGCCAACAAUAAAAAAAAAAAACCAAGAGAGUGAGGAAUAAGAUGCACAACCAACUUAUUAGCACAUGAAUGUGAAUUUUUGUUAUGUUUUGUAUAUAAAAAUUUAAUUUUACUUUUUUUUAUAUUGUGUCUUCUGUUCUCUUUUAUUCAUAUAAAUUUUCUCUUCCUGUGCAAGCAUUAAAAGAUAUUCUUCAUUAUAUAGAAUUUAGGACAAAACAAAAACUUCUUUCUUAACUAAAGAAAUCGAUCUCGACUGAGUUUAAACAUUGUAACGAUACUGUACAUUGAACAAACGUAAAAGAAAAAAAACGAUGAGUUUGAAAAUUAAAA